AUGGCUCUGGAGGAAAGACCUACUGAGAUCACCCAGCCUGAAAUAACUGCUACUGAUCCAGAGAGGCCACAACAGCAGGAUUACAAAAUGCCUCAUGUUAUAACUGUUCACAUUCAAAGAGGUGAUAAUUCAAUCGAAAGUAUAGCUGUUGAGGUCGAAAAAUCCACUCGUAUCAAACCUUUCAUAGGCGGGUACCGACAUACGAUGACAGGAGCUGAAUUCCAUCAUGCAGCAGUGCAGACAAUACCUAAGAAACGACCAGACAAAGAAAUAGAGGAGUUCUGUAGAGACACACAGACAGUCGAUGAGAAGACUCAGCAACAGCAGACAAACAACACAACAUCGACACAGAUGAGCAAGAUUGGGUGUUAUGUGUCAAACAUAACUGACAGAUUGCUGGCUCCUGGAAUGUACAUGACAGCAGAAGAAUACCAUGCCAGAAGGCUUCACGCAACGCUGGUCAUUCAGACUCAUACCAGGCGCUGGCUGGCCACCAGGUAUGUUCAGCAACUGAGAAAACAGAAAAUGCUCUACCUGGAGUGGGUCGAGCAGGAAGCAUUGAGAAGGAAGCUUGAAAAAGAAAACCGCAUGAAAAGAGAUUUCGAGAGGAGAAUGAAUCCAAAAACAAAGGAAGACUUUGAACUUGUGUUCAGUACCUUGGAACAAUGGAGACAGGAGGAGAUGGACCGCAUCAAUGCAACUCUUACAGGGACGGACAGGAAGGCAGCAUUGUGUGUUCUGCUGGAGCAGGAAUCACAGAUUAUUGCCUGCAUAGGAAGACACAAACUGACUGCAGGUGAUGAGAAUGUGAAAAAGUCUGUCAAAGCCUUUUUGGAGAAGUGUGCUGCAAUAAAGAAAUGGAAGCGAUUUGAUGGUAAAAUAGUUGAAAUGGAUACACCCGACACCAUUCGAGCCAGAGAGCUCAAAGAUUUGUAUGCCAGUGUAAACAUGACCUCCCUAACCCAAGAAGAGAGACUGGAUGUGCUUUUAAUCCUGAAGCACACCGUACAGGAGCAUGACUGUAAGCUUACUCAAGAAAUAGUGGAGCUUAUUGACAGGGAAGAAGAUCUAUUAACACGAGGGGUAAAGAAGGCCAGCCUGGAAGGAUUGAGGCAAAGAAUUUCCACUUUGUUUCUUCAGUACAUAAAGACUCCAUUAUUCAAUCCAGAAGUGAUCAGGUUACUGAAGGUUCCACAGGAUCCAUUAACAUUGCAAAAGAAUAUCUACUUGUGCAGUGGCUGUAACAGAUACUUGACCUCCAGUGAAUUUAAGAUAACAACAAGAUCAAGUGCAAUUGGUCGAUGUCAGCAUUGCUACCUGUUGGAAAAUGAAGCCCAUCAUCGAGAAGACUAUUCAGAAUACAGAGACAUGCUGAAACAUCUUAGACAAACAGAAGCCGAUUAUCCUGUAAAAGGAAAGAUUGCUUGCUUGAUUCAGGAAAAGGACCUGCAAUACCUGCUUGAAGCCAUCUGGGGUGUCCAGUCGGCACUGAGUGCCUGGGAUGAGCUCUCUGAACUUGUGCUUGUGAGAUGGAAUAAAUAUGUAGAAUGGUCUCCAUGGAAUUGUAUCCUGUUAACCAAAGAUGAAGCUAAAGCACACUUCAAACUGAAAGAUGUUGAAAAGAUUGUGUCUUCAAUCAAGAAGAUAUUUGAGGAGCUGGGAGCGACGGCCAAGGCACCAUUAAAACUAGUGGAGGAGUACCUGCGAUGUUUUGGUCGGGAGCUUUUCCAGACGAUGAAUUCAGCAGUACAGGUGGGUCAAACUGGUACCGUACAGAAUAAGGGGACACAGAGUGAAGAGGCAUCACUAUUUAUUCAUAUCAGCUGUCAAGUAACCUUGUGUCCUACAAGUGAUAAAGGGGUGAUGACCGAGUGUACGGUGGAAGGGUCGGAUAAGCAACUGGGUAGUGCUGACUUCCAGGUUAUCUCGACCCUUGAGACAUUGGCACCGGUCAUCUGUAAAUCUAAAGGGGUGCAGACAGUGAGGGGUCUCUCUUUUACUCAUAGAGAAACUCAGACUGUGAUUAAGCCCCAGAUAAAAGAGGGGAUCCCGAGGAAAAGCAGGGAUCUCCUAACAGUGCGACACGUGGAGUUGAAUGCUCUUGUGCUACAGAGGGACGCUCUCCACGAGGGCGGGGAGCCAAUCCACCUGCUUCCAAACCCACAGAGCACGAAUGUCAGGAGGACAAAGCCACGGUCUACUUGCUGCAGACAGCCCCUCCUGGAGAAGGCCAUUUCGACCUAUGCUGCUCAGCUAAGGGAGCUGCAGGGAUCACCAGAAAUAAUUUAUAGCAUUGCCCUCCCCGCAAAACGGAUGAUCCGUUAUGCAAAGCUGCAGAUGUGGAAUUAUCUGCCAAAAGAAAUGCCCCAGAAAAUUGACUAUGAAGUGAAGUUCAUUCAAAGCAUCAAGCAGAAACAUGUUUUGGGAAAGAAAUAUUUCUCCAGGAUUGAAAUUAUGGCUAAGCAGUUAUAG